AUGGUGUAUAUUCCGCCGGAGUUUACACCUGCAACUGUGCCGAAGAGUGAGGCUUACGAGGGUACGGAACUAGAUGAUGGGGUGAGAGCUGUUCUAUCUAAAGACACGGCAAUUAAGUGGGUGUCUACAUAUAGCGCAAGCUUUUGGGCAGUAAGCAGUAAAAUUGAUACCAUACUCUCCGAUGGGACUGAGAAGUCUUAUUUCCUCAAAGUGUACACUGCUGAGAAAGCCAAAGAGAUGGCCGUCGGGGAGUAUGAAGGUAGUAUGGCUCUUUAUAAGGCCUUGCCAUAUAAUAUCCCUAAACCAAUCGCAGCGGGUGUCCUAGCGAAAGACCCUAAGAAACACUUCUAUCUAGCUGAGUUUCGAGACAUGAAGGAUGAGAUGCCUGGCACAACCGAAUUCGCAUCAGUCGUUUUCAAGUUGCAUCAAACAACGGAGUCACCCAACGGAAAGUUUGGGUUUCACAUCACCACGUAUGGAGGAGACUUCCCAGUUAACACAACCUGGUGUGACACUUGGGAAGAGUUUUUCACUAGGCUAAUGAGGGAUACAAUGGAGAAAGAACGACUUAUCCAAGGCCCAAACAAUGAGUUGGACAAGCUCAGUCCUUUGAUUCUAAAGCGCGUCAUCCCUAGAUUACUUCGGCCGUUGGAGUCGAAUGGGGAUAAGAUCAAACCUGUGCUUAUACACGGUGAUUUAUGGCAUGGCAACGUGGCCGUCGACGCCGAAACCGAUAAGCCAGUCUUAUAUGAUCCAUGUGCUCUCUAUGGACACAACGAAUACGAGUUCGCCCCUUGGCGGGCUGCUCGGUAUCACACUUCGCACCACCACGUACUGGAAUACCUCAGAAUUUUGAACGUAGAUGAAUCAGAAGAACAGGAUGAUCGCAACGCCUUGUACGCCAUGGCAAUUGAGGAGAUGAAGCGUUUGGUCGAGAAAUACUGCGAUAACGAGACGAUGAGCGUGUAG